CGCGCGGGCGCAGACCGCCUGGGCUCCACCCAGUGCCUGCGCUGCCUCAUCACCUUCCCCGACGCCGCCUUCGCCGCCCGGCACGCCAAGCGCGAGCACCCGCAGGACUUCGUGGCGGCGGCGCUGCGCGGGGCCCUCUUCGUCUGCUUCGUCUGCGCCCGCCCCUUCGCCUCCUCCCGCGCCCUCCUCCGCCACCAGCGGGGUCACGGCGGCCCCCCCCCGGGGGGGGCCCGGCCGCCCCCCGUCGCGGCCCCCCCCGCCUACGCCUGCACCGAGUGCGGCCGCGCGUUCGCCCGGGAGGGGGCCCUGCACCGGCACUACAUCCGGCACGCGCGGGGGGA